AUGAUGAAAAUGCAGAUAUCUAACGAGCAGGAUAGGAAAGAGGCUCAGAAUAGAGAAAGGAGGAGACAAUGCGAGCUCGAGAGGAGAUCGCGGAUCUUCAAUGCGAGAAACAGGAAGAUUGGUGUGGACUUACCAUUCCUGGAGCGCCAAGUAGCUGAAAAGAGAGCGGAGCGUGACGACCAAAAUCGAAAGGACCUCGCGUUUGCAGUGCAGAUGAUCAAGGACAGUAAUCUCGCUGUGGUCUUGGAAGCCAGGGAGAAAGAGGAGCGCCGUCGCAUUGGGGAAGAAAUCGACAAAUACCGUAAAAUGUACCAGCGUUUAGAAGACAGACGCGAGUAUGAUCUAAACGAUCCUGACGUACUGAAGAAGCAGCUGCCGCCACGAGCCAGUGAUGGAGAACCCGUCGGACUAUCUAGCGCUCAAAAGUUUGAAGGAGAAGACUUGGACUACGAAGAGCGCAAGAAAAUAAUGGCGGAUCAGAAGAACUCCUGGCUCGAACAGCAGGUACAAGAGCGGAAGGCUGCCCAGGAGGAGAGAAAGAAAGCUGAAGCUGCUUAUAUGAUGGCAAUAAAAGCUCGUGACGACCGAGCUAGCGAGCUCGACAGGAUGGAGCGAGAGUGCCGAUACAGGCUUGGACAAGCAAACUUGAAGUACAACGAGGCAUUGGCUACAGAGAAGAAACAACUAGAACAGGUCAUGAAGGCUCAAGAAGAAGCCGACAACACCGCCGAAAUGUACAAUAAUUUAACUUCGGAUAUGCUUACGGAGAAUCCUGAUGUAGCCAAGAGCGCCCUCGGUAAAGAUAGGGCUAUCGGUUUCAUGUACAAGGGCAUGAACCAAGAAGAGCUAAAGAAGUUUUAUGCCGCGCAGAAGGAGCAAAUGGCUGCGGCAAAAGCUAAACGCGAAGCUGAGGAAAAGAUGGAGGCUGAGUGGCAAGCUCUAGCCAAGGCUAUUCAGCGUGAGGUCGCUCGCCAAGACAUCACCGACCAGAGAAAGAGAAGGGAAAUAGCCCGUCAGCUGAUGGAGGAAAACCAACUAAUGGCUCUCCAACAGAAGGAGAAGCAGAAGUACUUCAACGAGGUGGUAUACAACAAUACGCCGACGGAUGCGUACUAUUCCCAAUUCAAUACCACUACAAGAUAA